UCCACCCGCUCUUUAUAUAUAAAGGGCCACUUAAAACUAGGGUUUUAAGUUUCCUCCCGAGUAGGCGUCUGUAACUAGAGGAAGAAGAAGAUCUUCAGCCACCAAAGCGGAAAUGGUGAAGGGACGCCAAGGAGAGCGAGUCAGACUCUACGUCAGAGGAACCAUCCUCGGGUACAAGAGGUCAAAGUCAAAUCAGUACCCCAACACUUCACUUAUCCAGAUUGAGGGAGUCAAUUCCAAGGAGGAGGUUGCUUGGUAUGCGGGGAAGCGCAUGGCUUACAUCUACAAGGCUAAGGUGAAGAAGAAUGGAACACAUUACCGCUGCAUUUGGGGCAAGGUCGCAAGGCCUCAUGGUAACAGCGGGGUUGUUCGUGCCAAGUUCAAAUCAAACUUGCCUCCUAAAUCAAUGGGAGAUAGAGUAAGGGUAUUCAUGUACCCAAGCAACAUAUGAGGUACUAAAGUAGAUGCUGUACUUCAGAAGGGAUCUGCAGUCUUACUUGUUUCUAUAAACUUAGUUUUUAAAUAUUGUGUGCUUUGGCCGAGUCAUUUUUUUGCUUGUUUAGGAUAUUGGUCGACUCUUAUCAACUAAUUUGAUUAAAAGCAUUUUCAUGCCUGCUUGGUUCUUUCUUUUGA